AUGAGCAAACCACUCCCAAGAAAGAAGGGCACAUCGACGCGCCAGCAGCAACGCGAGCAGCGAAUCCUGCAAAAUCGACUUUACACAACUCUUGGUAUAACCGAUGCCGGUGUUCAAAAUACGAUAAACGGAUUGCUCCGGGAAAUCUACGAUGCUGGGGUGGUAGACCUUCGAUCCAGCGUACGCCGGGAGAUGGUGCGACUGGAGAUCAGGGACCGAAUGCACAGAAUGCCCGAUGCGAUUCGGAAUCACUCGGAUACCCGAGACUCGGUGGUCAAUAAUCUUUACCGAAUUUUCAGGUCUCUCCAGUCUCGAUGGCAGAAAGAGGAAUUUGACAGUACGCAGGAUACUUCGACCAAUCCAGCAACAUCCACACAACAAGCAGCUCCAGCGAAUGCGGGUGAGUUGUUUGACCACUCAGGCCCUUCAGUCGUGCCUGACGCUGACGUACAGAUUAUCGCUUACGAUAGACCUACUCAGCCGUUGCCCAUUCGACUGAGUGAUCUAUUAGCGAAUCCAAAUGACCCCGUUAACCGUAGCCGUAAUGGCGACUGGAUCGACGCACAUGCGCUCCGCCAUGACAUACUGCGGCGAGCACUUGUCAACGAGGGUUUUGCGAGCGAAAACUCGGCGCUAUGGUGGAGCCCCCAUGCUCUGGAGACCUUGGCUCCGACAAUGCUGGCAAGCCCACGGGACGGUGAAACACGCCUGAGUUCGUUGAACAUUGCCUCGACCAUCAUCCGAACAAUCAGUGUAUUUUAUUCCGCAUACCGAGCAUCAGACAAUCCAGGAAGCUGCUCCAGUACACUGGCAAGACCGAGUUUUACUAUCAUUGUACGGCCCCAAGCAGCCAGUGGUGGCGUAUUGGGAUUGCAUCAACCGGGUCUUGCUCGCCCAGGGAGUGAAGAACGAGUUGAGAAGAUGGUUGUGCCUUCUCGCAAGACGCUGGAGCCUCGCAGAGUCUCACCCUCGGGUGCAGGGUCAAGCACGAGAGGUUUCAACCCAGGAAAUCGGGGGAGUCGUGAUCGGCCCCGUCUAUUUUUCAGGAGCCCAAUCCCCGAUUCAAGUCUUUCACAGGCUUACAGACGCCCAUCCACAUUCAGAUCGUCUUUGUUUUCUUUUGGAACUGCUAGGAAAAGGCCGCCUGUGUCAUAUUCCAGGCCCCUCAAAAGCCAAUUUGACGCACGCUCUUUUCAAACCGGGCCCGCUUCACAUUUUAAUGUGCCACAGUCCGCGCGUGAUGCAUUGAAGACCCCGGGUCCAGGUUCCGCGCAGUUCGAAUACGAAGGGUUGGGAAUUGUACCGCGAGAUAGUCCUCCCUUAAAGACCGUGCACGCUCGUCUCAGUCCGACUACUCAGGACUCUGUGCCCGCGGUGCAGGGACCCGAAACAAAGCAAGAGAAGCGUCGUCGAAGCCAUGGAGAUGGGGAAUCGUCAGCUCGUCAAUCACAACGGCCUCGCCUCUCCAGUGCAGUGGCUCUGAACCAGAGUCCUGCUUUCACAGGAACAGGUUUGAGUAUGAACAUCAACACGAUCAUGCCCCCAAUCGCCUCGGGUCAGACGGAAGAGUUAAACAGCACAACCACUGCGCCUGCGCAGCGAUCAUCUGUAAAUUUUCAUCCACGUUCACCGCAAAGAUCUAUUGGCAGAAACAGAGCGCUAGGGGAAAGUAAUCGUCAUCUCAUGCGUCGAAAGAGACCUUCUACGCUGAGGCCCCUACCACAAUCACCCUCUAGUGGGUCAUUUUUUAGUCAAUCACAACCCCAAAGUGAGGUUAUCGGGGCGCUCCAGCCAGCGGUCGAGGAAUCCGCACAGCAGAUGCCUCAUGACACCGAAGAAGUAUUUGGAGAAAUAGGUGAUAACUGGUUGGAAAUACCUUUGCAAAGAAUGCCACCGGUGAUUCAGAAAGAGAUCAGAAGCCGCCGAUUCUCUGAAGCGAUAUCUGAAGGCACUGGUAGGCUUGCUUUGACAGGUGAAACCGAACCAUCUUCCAAGGUGGCCGCUCCCAGAGUAGCCCCGCCAUCCUUGCAACGCAUCGAGCUUCCCCCCACAGAAGAUGACCGUAUUCUAGCCCGGCGAAAACGUCGGCGCCUGUUUAGCGAAUAUCGGGUUGAAGCUGAUCGGUCCUCGUCUACUGAUAGCCAGAAGAGCCCACGAAAGAGAAGACGACUGACAUCCGGCUCGCCAUCAAGAAGUCCGAACCCAAAACGUACACUGAAAACUCAAAAAAAGGCUGCCAAGCGCGUGAAAAAGCCACCGACUGCCGCAGAGCGAAAAAUGACUCUUGAAGUUGGAAGAAUGUCUGCGCAGUUGGAGCGCCUUGAAACACAGGCGCCUCGGUCGCCAUCCCCAAAGGGAAAGCGUUUGCUAUCAAAUUGCACAACCGCUUAA